AACUGAAACGCGGGAGAGACUGUGCGCGCCUUAGCGGAGAAGUUGCUUCGCGAGCACGCUUUCGACUCCUCCUCCCGCCCACCACACUCUCCGAGUUCCCAAAACCCUAACACACCGCCCUCGCUUCCUCCUCCUCCACCUACAAACACGAAGGAGACGAAGAAGAGCUCGGAGAGGAGGCCUCAUCCAUGGCGGCGUCGUCGUCGUCGUCGUCGUCGUCGUCGUCGUCCUUUUCUCCAUCUUCGUCGCUCUCGCCUCCCGAGCCCCGCCCCCCGCUCCCCGUCGCGGCGCUCCGCGCCAAGAUCGUCGAGAAGAUCCGGGAGAAUCGCGUCACCCUCAUCGUCGGCGACGCCGGAUGUGGAAAGAGCUCCCAAGUGCCACAGUACCUGCUGGAAGAAAAUAUAGAACCCAUAUUGUGUACACAACCUAGAAGAUUUGCAGUUGUGGCGAUCGCAAGAAUGGUGGCUCAAGCUCGCAGUUGUGAAGUAGGAGGUGAGGUGGGAUAUCAUAUUGGUCACUCAAAUGUCUCGGAUAUCAAUUCAAGCAGAUCAAGAAUCGUUUUUAAAACUGCUGGUGUUUUGUUGGAACAAAUGCGGGACAAGGGGAUGGCUGCAUUGAAGUAUAAGGUUAUAAUACUUGAUGAGGUGCACGAAAGAUCCGUGGAGUCUGAUCUUGUUCUUGCAUGCGUAAAGCAAUUUAUGAUGAAAAACAAAGAUUUGAGGGUUGUUCUAAUGUCCGCAACUGCUGAUAUCACAAGAUACAGAGAUUACUUUAAAGAUCUUGGGAGGGGUGAAAGGGUUGAAGUAAUUGCCAUUCCCAGCGCUCCGCAAAGUAAUAUCUUCCAGCGGAAAGUUUGGUAUCUAGGGCAGGUUGCAGAUCUUCUUGGGAAAAGUUCAGAGUCAUUGUCAACGAGAUAUUGUUCUGGGACAAACCCUUUCUAUUCUAGCGUUGACAUAGAGCAUGAAGAACACCAACUUAUUCAUUCAUUGGUAUUGCACAUACAUAAAGAAGAACCUGACAUUGAGAAAAGCAUAUUAAUCUUUCUUCCCACGUACCAUGCAUUGGAGCGGCAAUGGGUCCUUCUAAGGCCCCUUUUUUCUCUUUUGAAAGUACAUAUUCUUCAUCGCAGCAUUGACACCGAUCAAGCACUCUUAGCUAUGAAAGUCUAUAAAUCUCACCGUAAGGUGAUUCUAGCAACAAACAUUGCAGAAUCGUCUGUCACUAUCCCAGGAGUGGCUUAUGUCAUCGAUUCUUGUAGAUCUUUGCAAGUCUUUUGGGACCACAAUAGGAAAGCAGAUUCAACCGAGCUUGUUUGGGUGUCCAAGUCUCAGGCUGAGCAGAGAAAAGGUAGGACUGGUCGAACCUGUGAUGGCCAGGUCUACCGGUUAGUUCCCAGAACAUUCUAUAAUAAUCUAAAUGACCAUGAAGACCCUGCAAUUUUGAGGUUAUCCUUGAGGGAGCAAGUACUUACGAUCUGCUGUGCUGAAUCAAAAGCUAUUAAUGAUCCCAAAGUUUUGCUGCAAAGGGUUAUGGAUCCACCAGACCCAGAAGUUGUCGAAGAUGCCCUUGAUUUGCUUGUUCAUAUUCAUGCAUUGGAUAAGCCCCUUCCUCCUAGGGGCCGAUUUGAGCCUACAUUUCAUGGCCGGUUACUUGAUAGUUUACCUAUGUCAUUCGAUGCUUCAGCACUGACCCUCAAAUUUGGUGAGAUUGGUUUGCUUCAUGAAGGAAUUCUUCUUGGCAUAUUGUUGGAUAUUCUACCACUUCCAAUCUUUCGACCAUUUGGGGAUCCAGCUCUGUAUGCAAAAUUUGUCGACAACUACUUUCAGGAUGAAAGUGGUUCUUUUCUAACACGGAAGAAGGAAGCUAUAUUCAUGGCAAACUUAUGUGCUUUUCAAUUCUGGCAACGCGUUUUCAAGGAUAAGCACCGUCUAGAGCAGCUUAAACAAAUCGUCAGUGUUGCCAACUCGAAAGCACCUCAUGGUUUGAUUGCUGAGAUUGAAGAGGAGUGGUGCAAAUUCCACAAUCUUGUACAAACAUCGCUUCAUACUAUCUCCGAUAUUUAUGAAGAUGCCAUCACCAUGAUGCACCGUUUUCGCCCUGCCUUCCUAGCAAAAGUUGAGCCUCCCUCAUAUUUUGAGCCUUAUGCCUUUGAACACACCUGUCUGCAAUCUGGUCUGUCUGAGCUAAUUGAAGACAUGGAUUUGCUUACCGUGGGUGAUGAUGAGAAUCUCGAUUUACUUUCUCAGAAGAGGUGUCUCGCUGCACCAUACGUAUCUCCAAGCCAUUUCCUAGCCACUUCCAUAUUUGAAAAGUUGCAGGCUAUAGUCAAAGAGAUAAAGGUUCAGCAUGGUGUAGAUGCACGACCAAUUCUUGACGAGAUUAUUAAUGGUGCCGCAUUUCUACCAGCCGCAGAACUACCGACUACAGAAGCUAUUAUAUGUAGAUUUUUCGCCCAAGGAUUAUGCACUAAAGGGGAUGAUUGUUACUUUUCUCACUCAGUUCAGGCCAAAAGACCACUGUGCAAGUUUUUCCUUACACUUCAGGGUUGCCGAAAUGGAGAUUCAUGUUUCUUCUUGCAUGACUACCGCCCACGCAUUCCUUCCAUCACUGCAGGUCCCUGCUUGCAGGAACGCAACCGAGCUUCACGCAAUUCUUUUUUGCAACUUCUGCUUGUUAACUCCGAUGAAAAAAUUCUUAUAUUGAAUGAUACAGACCUAUCAUUCACUUCUAACCUCUCUAGUCAUUUUGAUCCGAGCAAGAUAAUCGCGGCCACACCUAUUCCGUAUUCCUCUCAAUCAGAAGUCUUAUCCAAGGGCAUUAGAAUUCUCUGGAAUGUGAGUAACCCUUGCCACUUGAUCAUUUCUGACAAUGGAAAGGUUCCUCCUAUACUUUGGGACAAAUCAAAGUGCGUUCUCUGGUUUGCGGAUGUCGAAGUGAGCAGAGCAAGCAAAGAACUCUUACAGAAUCUCUUUGAGCAUCUCGCUGUCCGGAUCUUGGCAGAUACCCUGUAUGAUUUGAGGCUGAUCUUAAUUAUGAAUAACACUGUAUUUGCGCUGCUACAGGUAGAGAAGUUGGCGCGAGAAUGUUUCUUCUUUCUUGGCCAGUCGAUUCCGUUCGACGAAUCGAGUUUUGGUAAUUUUUCGGGAUACCACCGCUCUGUGAGGCCUAAGCAGGUGUCGGCGCCUUUCGCGUAUGUUUUCAACAUGCAUCCCCCGACCAAAAUACAGUUCGGCAACUACUCUUCAGAACUGCACAAGGCUUUGUACAGAAUGUAAAGUAGGGUUUGCUAAAUUUUAACUCAUAGUUUCUGCAAAUAGCUAGUUAAUGAACUGUUUAAGGUUAGUGUUAUUUAUAUAGGAGGGCAAAUUUUGUUAUUUUUUGUAUAUAUAACUUUGCCGGGCUAUAUUAUUGGCAUGCUAAACAUAUUACACUGAGCUCUUCAUAGCUGCUGUAAAGAACUGUGGUAGUUUCUUUCCCGUUC